CAACCAAUGUCAAUGUUAUCAAUGAACAAUUAGCGAUGAAAUUCGAAAACAUUUUUAGAAAACUUUAUAUAAAGUUCAGUCAGUUUGAAGCGCCCCAUAAACGUAAAUUUAUCUCAAAACUUUUGAUAAAACUUCCAAAAAGCUUGUUUCCUAACUAUCGAGUCAUAGUAAACCCAGUUAUCAUUACUAGUAAUAGACGUACUUUGAAUAUAACUAGAAGAAAAAGUGACUCGUCCAGUGAAAGUGACUCUUGGUAUAGCAGUUUUAGUUCCAUUUCUGAUGAAGAAACCCGAAAAUCUAUAAAGAAAAGAAAGAAUAGGCGUCAAAAAUGUUGUAAGCAUUGUAGGAAAGUGUACAGAGGCAUAAAACACUACAUAAAUGAUAGUAAUUCAAGCAGAGAUAGUUUGAAUAAGAGAAUUAAUGAUCUUUCGAGUACUAGCUUGCCAAGAAGUGAGUUUUCUGAUGUAAUAAGUGAUGAUGAGAAAAUUAACAUUCCUGAACCUCCACCUUUGCCUCCUAGUGAUUUUUUAAAAUUUAAUACUGAAGAUUUUGUUGCAAGUACUCCACAGAAAAGGAUAACAACUCAAGAUCUUGGUAGUGUCAAGCUAAGGCCAUCAACUAUUCAACUGAAACUCCCAAGAACGCCGGAAGUUCAUGAUAUGAUGCAAGUCUUAAGAAAAAGAUUUGCUGCAAUGCAUUCUCCCCUUCAACAAGAAGACUAUUCGAGCAGUGACACGUAUGAUGAAGAUCCUCCUGAAAACUACUAUAAUUCAAAUUCAUUCAUGAAAAAUGGGAACAUGUUUGUACCUUUAGGAAUAGCUUAGAAUGUACUUGUAUGGUAGAAAUAAACUAUAUUUAAUGUCUGUUUGUGACAUGUU